AUGGCCGGCAUUCUCACAUGGAAGAGCCGCUUCGGCGGGGUCUUCGGAAACAAGCCUGGCCAAACAGAGGGCUCUGAGGGCUCUGAUGACGAGCAGCAGGCCAACAUCCCCAAAUGGAGCAUGGGAGUUCUCAAUGACCCCAAAACCAUUGAAGUUCCUGGCUCGGUACUUCUACUGGCUGCUCACCGAAAUGAGCCCUUGGGCUUGCGCAACGCCCCCGCAAGGACAUCUCACUCGUCCAUUCCCACGGGAUUUCCGGAGCCGCCCGAGACGCCCACCGGGCGUCGAUCAUCCGCGUACUCGGCCCCACCUGCACCAGCACCGGAAAAGACGACCAAGGACGGCAUCAUCCUCAACCCCCAGCCCGAGGAAUCAGCCAACGACCCUCUGAACUGGCCCGCGUGGCGACGUGACUGUGCCUUGCUGUCCCUCGGCUUCUACUGCAUGGUCGGCGGAGGCAUGACGCCCAUUCUUGCUGCUGGCUUCACCAACGUUGCUGAAGACUACCACAUCGAGACCGAAACGGUGUCUUUGACCACAGGUCUGUACAUGAUGGGCAUGGGCCUCGGCUCGGUCAUCUUCUCGCCGACAGCCAUCCUUUAUGGAAAGAGGCCUGUCUACCUCUUCAGCUCCAUCAUCUUCAUCGCUAGCUCCGUAUGGGCUGCUUUGUCUCCCAACUUCGCCUCUCUCAUCCUUGCAAGAAUCUUCCAAGGAGUCGCAGUCAGCCCCGUCGAGUGUCUUCCCUCGGCGACAAUCGCCGAGAUCUUCUUUCUACAUGAGCGUGCCUUCCGCAUCGGCAUCUACACCCUGCUGCUACUGGGUGGCAAGAACUUGAUUCCUCUCGUCAGUGCCGUCAUUAUCCAGGGCCUGAGCUGGCGAUGGGUAUUCUGGAUCGUCGCCAUGGUCGUCGCCCUUUGCGGUGUCCUCCUCUUCCUGUUCGUCCCUGAGACCUUCUGGGACAGAACUCCUAUUCCCAAGUCGAGGAAGCCGUCGAGGAGACCAAGCUUCCGACACCGUCUCUCCUCCCGCAACGAUGUUCCUCAAGUUGCCAAGACGCCGACCGCCGCAGGACCGACCAGCCCCGCGCCUCUAUCUCCGUCCCACCCCCACAAGGACCUCCACGUCGGCUUCGCCCCCGACCCGAACGCGGAGCGCAAGGCCGACCCCGAAAAGCAGCCUGAGUCCACCAACUCUCCGGCCCCCGAGCCACGCACUUCCGGCACCUCAACCUCCCCCGCAAACUCCGAUUUCUUUGCCAAAGCUCCAGCCCUGGAAGCCGAGAAACUUCCCUCCUCAAACCUCAAUUCGCCCCCGAAAGCUCUUGCCUACACUCACACCCUCCGCCACCAACCCGCCCGCUCCUUCGGCGAGCAGCUCAAACCCUGGAACGGCCGGCUCAACCACGACAAGUGGUUCAAGGUUAUGCUCCGCCCCUUCGUCCUCUUUGCCUACCCCGCUGUCCUCUGGUCGGCUGCCGUCUACUCCCUCUCUGUCGGCUGGCUCAUUGUCGUCUCCGAGUCGGUCGCUCUCAUCUAUCGUAACCGCGCCUCCUACAACUUCGACGCCCUGCAAACUGGUCUGGUCUACCUCUCCCCCUUCGUCGGCGGCGUCCUCGGCACCGCCGUCGCGGGCAAAGUUUCCGACAUUAUCGUCAAGACGAUGGCCCGCCGCAACGGUGGCCUCUACGAGCCCGAGUUCCGUCUCGUCAUGGCCAUCCCCGUCCUCUUCACCACCGUCAUCGGUCUGAUGGGCUUCGGCUGGUCUGCGGAGGAGCGCGACCACUGGAUCGUACCCACUGUCUUCUUCGGCCUCAUUUCCUUUGGGUGCACCCUCGGCUCGACGACUAGCAUCACCUUUUGCGUCGACAGCUACCGCCAGUACGCCGGCGAAGCCCUCGUCACGCUCAACUUUAGUAAGAACAUCUUCCACGGGCUGGUCUUCAGCCUGUUUGUCACGCACUGGAUCACCGCCGAAGGCACCAAGAGCGUCUUCAUCUGGCUCGGCGUCAUCCAGCUUAUCUUCUUGCUGGCUACGAUUCCCAUGUUCUUGUACGGCAAACGCGCGCGCAUGUGGACCGUGCGCAAGAACUUCAUGGAGAAGUUUUAG